AUGGUUAGAGCAGGGGAACAAGACCAAGAAAGUUACAGGUCCAAACUGUUUAGUUUCAGAGGGAUGUUUGAGGGCAAUGCGGGGAGACAUACUAAGAGUUUGAGCGUCGACACUGCCACCACAUUGGAUUUUCAACAACCUAUUGAAGAUGGUUCUGCCUCUUCUAGAAGCCAAGGUUCAAAGCCUCUUGAUUCAGAUAAAAUUCCUAAGGCAAGGGUUGUAAGCAAGGAGGAAGUCGCGGCGAAGGAAGCCAGAGACAAACUAUUACAAGAAAUGGAACAGAUGAAGGAGAGAUUUGCUAAACUGUUAUUAGGUGAAGACAUGUCUGGUGGAGGAAAAGGUGUUUCAUCUGCUUUGGCACUGUCAAAUGCUUUCACAAACCUUGCAGCUUCUAUUUUUGGUGAACAAAAGCGUCUAGAACCAAUGCCGGUUGAAAGGAAAGCCAAGUGGAGAAAAGAAAUUGAUUUGCUUCUAUCCGUAACCGAUUACGUCGUCGAAAUGGUUCCUUCACAACAAAAAAAUAAGGAUGGCACGCAAAUGGAGAUUAUGACGACUCGACAACGAACAGAUCUCCACAUGAAUAUCCCAGCCUUACGCAAGCUUGAUACAAUGCUUUUCGAAUGUCUAGAUAACUUCAAAGAUCAAACUGAGUUCUAUUAUGUAUCAAAGGAUGCAGAUGAAGAUAAUAAAGACAAAGCAAAGACAGCCAAUGAUGAUAAAUGGUGGUUACCUACACCUAAGGUUCCGGCAGAUGGUCUAUCUGAUGCAGCUCGAAAAUUUUUACAAUAUCAGAAAGAUUGUGUGAAUCAAGUACUUAAAGCCGCUAUGGCGAUAAAUGCUCAAAUUUUAUCAGAAAUGGAGAUCCCUGAAAACUAUAUUGAAUCUCUUCCUAAGAACGGAAGAGCGAGUCUAGGGGAUGCAGCCUAUAGGAGCAUUACAGUUGAAUUUUUUGAUCCUGAUCAGUUCCUAUCGACCGUGGAUUUGACGUCCGAACAUAAAGUCCUAGAUCUCAAGAAUAGAAUUGAAGCUUCAAUAGUGAUUUGGAAGCGGAAAAUGCACCAAAAAGAUACCAAAUCUACUUGGGGUUCUGCUGUGAGUUUGGAAAAAAGAGAGCUUUUUGAAGAGAGAGCAGAAACCAUCUUACUUCUAUUAAAGCACCGAUUCCCCGGCAUUGCUCAAUCUUCAUUGGAUAUAAGCAAAAUUCAAUUCAACAGGGAUGUGGGACAUGCCGUUCUUGAAAGUUAUUCAAGGAUAUUGGAAAGUUUGGCAUUCACGGUACUAUCGAGAAUAGACGAUGUACUUCAAGCCGAUUACAACACUCAAAAUCCACCAGGAAAAAAGAGAAUAUCAGUUUCGAAGCCGAGUCCUAUUCCAAAAGAAGAGACAGAGAAAGGCAACGUAGACAUGUCCGGUUCGAUGACACUAUUGGAUUUCAUGGGUUGGGAUGAUCAACCCGACUCAGAUGCAAAGAAGGACUCUUUUGAAAUUUCAGACGAAACUUGCCAAGAAGUUGAAACCAAGCAGGAAAAAAAGCUUCCGGCUGUAGUGACCAACAAGAAAGUUUCAUACCUUGAAACCUUGGGAGUCAUGAGGAGUCCCGAGUCGCGUCAUUAA